UAUAAUGUUUACAACUUAUCACCAGCUCCUGUCACAUAUCAGCUAGCCUAGCUAGCUAGCCAGUUCGCUAGUUUUAACCUUCAUAUCAGUGUUGUUUUGUUCAUGAUCCAGUGUAUAGCAAGUUGCCGAUCCAGAUACAAAUGCGUCUACCUACUGUGCUGUCAACACCUUUGUCAGCUACGCCUAAGUAACUAAGCGUCAUGUGGUACCUCUGCAGAUGCUGAACGAAAAAGUGGGGGUGAAAAAGCAGCGCAGUGAAGCAUGAAUAUGCUAUGAACGACUCGAGAGAUCAUUUGGGGAUCCGGUCGCCGCUAGUCGAAGAACUUUGGAAGAACUGGGAAUGUUCGUUUCAUCACUCUUGGUUUCCUCAGCACCUUGAUUGGAGUUUUACCCGGAAGGGUGGACGAUAUGGCCAGUCCAGGGCAAAGCAACUUGUCCUAUGCGUGGGAAAAGUACAUGGACUGUCGGCUUCAAGGAGCGGAUCUGCAGGUCAGCCUCCAGAGUCUAGAGAAUUUCCUCUGUCUCUUCCAUUAUGUGCAACAUCACCCUCAUCACACCAAAGAUGCCCUGAUAUUCUGUUCAGACAUGAGUGGGGCCAGUAACACGCUGGCAAGGGAGUUCCUGACUGAUGUACAUCAACUGUGCAGUGCGGUGGCACAGAGAGCGGAGGCACGGGAGGAGGAUGAGGAGGAAAGUCAUAUGGUUGCAUUAGGAGAGUACCUCGUCAGAGGAAGAGGAUUUCUGUUGCUUAGCACCCUGGAUUCCAUCAUUGAUCAGGAGCUGACUUGCCGAGAGGAGCUGCUCACUUUGUUGCUCUCUCUACUCCCACUGGUGUGGAAGAUCCCUGUACAGGAAGAAAAAGCACCAGAUUUCACCCUGCCGUCUCUAUUAGAGGUGUUCCUCAGCCGAGAGGUAAAGCCCGCACCUCUUAGAGCAGGACAGAAGCCCGGGACAGAUGAACAGGAAACUGGAAAGAGGCCGCGUGUCGGCAGUGGCUCCUGGAAAUCAAGGAGGUCACGGAGGACAGCCCAGAAAUACUCCGUAAAGGAUGCUCGCCGAUCCCAAGUUUCUACCUCAGAUUCAGAAGCCAAUGCCGAAGACAAGUCAGGCCCAAGUGGCACAAGGGGCAGAAAGUCGCAUGGCUCUACCGUCCGUGUACAACAUCUACAUCAUCGUUUGGAAGCCACACAGUUAACAGAGACAGCAACCACCACCACAGAAAGCAUGAGUGUGCCAUACCCCCACCCCAGAAUCUCUGGAUCUCACGCAAUGGAUACCGAAACUCUGACGGACCCAGCUGCAAUGUCAAUAUUCAAUCGCAUGGAGAACUCACCCUUUGACCUCUGCUACGUGUUACUCUCAUUGCUGGAGAAAGUGUGUAAAUUUGAUAUGAGCAUCAAUCACAACCCUGGCUUGGCGGUCAGUGUUGUACCGACUCUCACUGAGAUUCUGACUGAAUUUGGAGAUUGUUGUGGUCCAGGAGGCGGUGGUGGAGCAGGAGCUGAAGAGCUUGCCGGGGGCUGGACGGAAGAGCCUAUUGCGCUGGUCCAGAGGAUGCUUCUGCGCACCAUCUUGCACCUGAUGUCAGUAGAUGUCAAUCAAAGUGAAACCCUACCCGAUAGCCUGAGACGUAGCCUGACUGACCUGCUACGAGCCACUCUGAAAAUCCAAAGCUGCCUAGACAGACAGACAAAUCCAUUUGCUCCUCGGUCAAAAAAGACCCUACAAGAAGUCCAAGAAGAUUUUUCUUUUUCCCGCUUUCGCCACAGGGCACUCCUGCUGCCUGAGCUUCUAGAAGGGGUAUUGCAAGUCCUUCUGGGUUGCCUGCAGGCCUCAACACCCAACCCCUUCUUCUUUAGUCAAGCACUAGACCUCAUCCAUGAAUUUGUCCAACACCGGGGUCUGGAAGUUUUUGAAGCGACAGUACAGCGUCUGGAGGAACUGGCCAGGGAUUCAGAAGUAGGAGGUGAAGCUUCAGAAAGGCUACGGGGUUUAAUUGCCGGGGUCUUCAAGAUUAUAAGUGCCGUCAAGAAAGCAAAGUCAGAGCAGCUGCAUCAGUCUGUGUGUGCUCGACGUCGUCAUCGACGCUGUGAAUAUUCCCACUUCCUUCAUCAUCACAGAGAUCUCUCGGGUUUGCCUGUCUCAGCUUUUAAGAUGGCUGCCAGGCUUAACCCGUUUGACGAGGAUGGCGAAGGGAAGGAAGGGGUAGAUUGUGAUGCAGUGCGUUAUCCUGAACGCUGCUGCUGCCUGGCCGCCUGUGCUCACCAAUGUCUGCGCCUCCUGCAGCGCUUGUCACCAAGUGGGCCGGCCAUAUUGCAAGUACUUGCAGGGGUGCAGGCUGUUGGAAUCUGUUGUUGCAUGGACCCUCGUUCCGUGAUUCGGCCACUCUUGGACGCUUUCCAAGCACCGGGCUUACGUAGUUACCAGUCUCAUGUUCUCAGUGUUCUUGGCAGGCUAAUACUAGAUCAGCUUGGUGGAGGACAGCCCUCAGAGAGAGCGAAGCUUGCUUCAUGUAACAUUUGCACUUUGGACCAUAGUCAGUUGCCAGGCCUUGAGGAGACGCUACAACAUGGGGAACUUUCAGCUAUUUCUACCAACCUGUGCUACCGCUCCCAAGGGAUUUUGCCAAGUGGAGGUGGUGCAGAGGACAUGUUAUGGAAGUGGGAUGCCCUUGAGGCUUACCAAGAGUUAGUGUUUGGAGACGACUGGCACCUGAGCCAUCAUGUCGCUGGUCACGUGUGCCACUUGACACUGCGUGGCAAUACAGUUGUGCAGUGGCAGCUCUACACACACAUCUUCAGCCCCGUGCUACAGCGAGGGGUCGAGCUAGCCCACCAUGCCCAGCAGCUUGGGGUUUCGACAGUUUGCACCCAAGUCUGCAGCUAUCACACACAGUGCCUGCCUGUAGAGGUUCUUCUCGUAUAUCUGCAAGCAUUACCUGCCCUUCUCAAGUCUAGGGUUAUCCGAGACCUUUUCAUCAGCUGCAAUGGCCUCAAUCAGAUGACAGAACUGGUACAUCUUGACCAGACCUGCUCUUUAGCUUUGAAGGUAUUUGAGACCCUGAUAACCAGUUUUGGACACCAACAAGCUGAGAGUGCGCUCCAGGAGUUGGAGAUCGCUGUUGGAGAAGAGAAGCAGACAGUCUCAAAUUUGGCUGAGGAUCUGGGCCCUAGAGCAUCUGGAGAGGGGCCUCAGAGCCUCAGCAAGUUCUAUGAAGUGCUAAAGGAGGCAUAUCCGCGCCACAAAGGUCGUAGUGGGCAGGGCCGUGGAGCAGGCCGUAGCCAAGCUGAGACACACCUCCAUGUCAUUAACCUCUUCCUCUGUGUUGCUUUUCUGUGUGUUAGCAAAGAGGCUGACUCUGACCGGGACUCAGCUAAUGAUUCUGAAGACACUUCAGGUUAUGACAGUACAGCUAGUGAGCCUCUUGGCGGGCGCUUGGUGUACCUGUCUCCAGAUAGUGUGACCCUACCCUCCAAAGAACAGAUACGACGGGCAGCUGACGUUUGGUCAGUGUGUCGUCGUGUCUACCAGGCCAACCCUUUGUUUCAGAGGCAGUUCUUCAGGCUAGGAGGGUUGGAUGUUUGUUUGCGUCUCAUGAGCAUGGUCAUUCAGAAGCUUUCCUAUAAACCAAAGGAUGGCAAAGCAAAGAAGAAGAAAGAACUCAAGGCCAAAAGCAGCCCAAUGUCCACCGUCCCAGUCAGACCGCUUGGAGUAGAUGAGCAAGGUCAAGAUUCAAUUGAAAGUUCUCCAGUUGAGGGGAAAACCAGAGAUCCAACCAAGAGGCAGGAGGAAGAGUGGCACUUACAAAGUAUUCGCCUUCUUGAGGCCUUAUUGGCUAUAUGUCUAAACAGUGCCACCUCAGCCCUGCAGAGGACAGACUCUGAGCUGUCUUUUCAGCUCCAGUCAGUGGGAGAUACGCUGUUAGAAGUGAGAGACCAGCUCUCUUGCUCAGGGGUGGUAAACUCAGACCUGGCAGUGCCACUCUUCGAUUCUCUGCUGAGAGUGGCUUUGGCCGAUGUGUCAUCCACUCCCGAGCCCCCUGAGGAGAAGCCAGACAGGGUGAGUCCUGCCUUUGGAGAUGCUAAGUUCCAAGUGUUGGCAGAGGGGGCAGCCCCAGCAGGCGAUCUAUCAGAGGAGGUGGACGGUGUUCAGAGCUGCAGCGUCAAGACCCCUGGGGAGGAGGAGGAGGAGGAAGGCUACGACGCAGAUAGCGAAAGCAACCCAGAGGACAUGGCCAACCAGGAAGAGGGAUUGAAGGUGGAGUCUGUGCAAUGUGAAUUUGUGACAGUUGCAGACGGUCCGGGGCGUGGCUUGCUGCUUUUCCCAGAGAUCUGUACAAUCCAGUUGCAACUCCUGGCCACUGGCUCGCCCGACCUAGAUGUCGUGAGUCAUGUGUUUCACAGCCUGCUUAGCGCGGUUCGCGCCAACCACCGCAAUGCCGCUCUGCUCUAUGACCAGGGAGGAGUCAAAACCAUCCUGUCUGGCUUUCAUAAUAUCCUUAGCCAAGCGGACCGUUCCCUUAAAGACUGCCAGACUGUUAUAGUGGAGCUGCUGGUUGCCAUGGUGAGCCAGCGAAUCACAGCAGAGGAACUGGCCCUAUUGAUUCGUCUCUUCUUGGACAAGACCCCACCUACUGAGAUUUUACUGAGGGGCAUCUUACAAAUUGUUGAAGCAAAUGUGAACAUUGAGCCCCUUCACCUGCUGGACUUUCCAAUAAUCCUUGGGGUGUCAACACCUGGAGGAUUGUCUCCUAGCUCCAGACCAAAUGGCAGCGCUGGUGGGAAAAAUAUUGGUCUGCUCUGGAAGGGCAAACUGUCUCCUGGUCGCAGGGAGGGAGACGGCGAGUUCAGACCGAGUCAUCUGCGUUCUUCUCCCUGGCACACUGCUCCGCUCCACUUGCCCCUGGUGGGGCAGAACUGCUGGCCUCAUAUGGCCAGUGGCUUCAGCGCCUCCAUGUGGCUGAGGGUGGUGGAGCAAGAGGAAAGGGCGGGAAACACCGACAAGGAAAGGAGGAACCCUCCUGCUGCUGAAACUCACCAUGGUUCGCCUGAGGCUAGAAAAAGAGUAGUGGAAAAAGGCCUCAUUCAUAUUCUAUCCAUGGGCUCGAAAGCACUCAUGCUUCAAGUGUGGGCGGACUUUUUUACUGGCUCACUCACAUUCAGGGUUUGUAUAGACCCAAAUGACGAGAUAAAAGCAGGGCUACUGGCGCAGGCCGACUCUGUUGAGGAACUCCUCCAGCCCGGCCAAUGGCAGCACCUUGGCCUCACUUACACCCAGCAGCCUGAGGGCAAGAAGAACAUCCACGGCCGUGUGGUUGUUUGGGUGUGUGGCAUCAUGAAAUGUGAAGUUUUCUUGGACUACACCUUACCUCGAAAAUCCAGUUUAUCCUCUGACAGCAACAAGACUUUCUGCAUGUUGGGCCAUUGUAUCCCAUCCUCUGAGGAGGUUACCAAACAGCAUUUCAAAUGGAGCAUGGGAACAGUGCUCCUCUUUAAUGGGGCCAGGGUCGGGUCCGAGGAGGCCUUCUUCCUGUACACCAGCGGGCCCGACCUCACCUCAAUCAUGCCCUGCAAUUAUGGCAGACCUACAGGGUCGUUCUCCAAGUUUGUCACUCAGGAAGCACUGAGGUGUGACAGAGUCCGCGAACUUCUGAUGAAAAGCAAGGAUGUGGACACAACAGCUUUAGUUGAGAGCCUGGCAGUUGUGUAUGCUCCCAGCAGUCCUAGGCUCUAUACAAUCUAUGAGCCUGUAAUUAGAUUGAAGGGGCAAGCCAAGAUCGUGGUUACCCAGCGGCCCUUUAGCUCCAGAGAAGUGCAAAGUGUUUCCUUAGAUGCCGGCGCUCUCAAGGCUCUGCUGCCCACCGAAACGCAAGGCCUGCAGAGUGUCCUGCAUAAGAUCGGAGGGACAGGAAAUGUUGUCUUCCUGUUUGCACAGACGGUGGAGUUGAGUGACUGUGAGAUGACCCAGGCUUUGGCCUUGCAGAUACUCUUGUCUCUGUCCAAGUUCAACCGGCAUCGCAUCCAUGAAAUGGACUAUUACCAUGGCUACUCUAUGAUCCAUCAAGUGCUCAUCAAGUCCAAAUGUAUCGUUGGAUAUUAUAUGCUGAAAACUCUGUUGGAUGGGUGUUGCAGCAGACCCGUCUUAAUCCUGGCCGAUGAUGGUCAGUUCCGUUUGGACACAGAGUCCAUUGCUGUGGUGCAAGACAUCAGGCUGCUCUCUGACAUUCUGUUGGACUGGAAAAUCUGGUCAAAAGCAGAGUGUGGUGUGUGGGAGACGCUGCUGGCUGCGUUGGAGAUCCUGAUCAGGGUGCACCAUCCUUACCAGGUGUUGAAUAUCCGUCAGUUCCUAAAGGCUGAAGUGGUGGACCGCUUCCUGCUAACCUGCCAAGUGUUACAGGAGCAUCGGGAUGAGCACCUGACUGCCAUUCCACAAGAAGUCUGUUUGUCGUUCGUCAAAAUAAUCCAGGAAGUGUUAGGAUCACCACCUGAUCUCGACUUGCUAAGACUUAUCUAUAAUUUCCUGCUGGCAGUUCACCCACCUACUAACACCUAUGUCUGCCACACUCCAUCCAGCUUCUACUUCUCACUUCAUAUAGAUGGGAAGCUGUAUCACGACAAAGUGCAGUCUAUUAUGUACCUGCGAAACUCCAACAGUGGAGGGAAGUCGGCAAGCAGUUCAGUGAUGUCUCUUUCCCCGACUGUCUUUACCGAUGCUCCCCACGAAGGCCAUUUCCAUGGGCCAUCGCCUGAGCACGGGGGCGAUGACCAAUCCUUACGCCCACCCAGCUUUGCAGCAUCACCUAACUCGUCCCCUUUGCUGACACGCCGCCUCACUCACAGUGGCUUGAAUGAGCCUGGCGAUGUUGAUCGGGUGUCACUCACAACCCAGCAGGCUCUGGGCAGCACUGAAACGCUGAAAAAGGGAGGAGGUGACGAGCAGCUCCUGAGCAGUUGUGAGUCCGCCAAGACGAUAUGCGACUCGAAGGACAUUGGCAAUGAGGGAGCUUGCCGCACCCCAUCAAUCAGUGUGGAGGAGGAGCGAGAUGAGGCUGCGGAGGUGGACAGCCUGGCAGAAGGUAGUGUGGGUGUGGCAGAGUCUGAGGACAGGUUUGAGUGGGCCAGUGAUGAGGCGCCUCGACGCCCUGACAGCUUAAAGGGUAUCCAGUCCUUCCAGAGGAGCCACAGCAACCUUGCCAGUCUGGGAUUGGCUUUCCCAGCUCCGAACGGCUCUUUGGCAGUCGGCCGCUGGCCCAGUGCAGCUGAUCGAGGCUCUGUACCCGAAGACUGGGAAAGUUACACCUACUCUCCUGGCUAUGAGAGGACACAAAGCAAAACUGAUUCCAAUGACCGGUCCAGUACAGAGGACUGCCUGGUGCUCAUCUGCUGUGGCCUGUAUGACCUUCUGAGGGGUGUCCUACUACUGCUGCCAGAUCUCAUGCUUGAGGAGGUGAUGGACAAACUGAUCCAGCCUGAGGCCCUAAUUGUCCUGGUCAACCAUUCAUCGCCCCUCAUCCAGCAAGGCGUCAUGAAGCUGCUAGAUGCAUACUUCGGCAGAGCCAACAAGGAGCAGAAGGAGAAAUUCCUCAAGAAUCACGGUUUCUCCUUGCUGGCCAACCAGCUGUACAUCCACCAGGGCAGCCAGGGGCUAAUCGAGUGCUUCCUCGAGAUGCUUUUUGGGCGGCCCGUGGGCCUGGAGGAAGAUCUGGAUCUGGAGGAACUGGAAACAAUCUCUCCUUUCACAAAGCGUUGCAUCAUCCCAGUGUUGGGUCUGAUUGAGAACUCCCUGUGUGAAAACUCCUUGGUGCACAACAUCCUCUGCAUGCUCCUGCAGCUCCUCAACGCCUGCCCCAAGCUGGCAGACAUUCUGCUCGAUCACGGGCUGCUCUAUGUGCUCUUUAACACCCUCUCCACCCUCAAUGGCAUGGAGACCUGCAUUCCCCUGAAUGAUUACAAGCUCCUCAUGUGCGACAUUCAGCAGCUGUUAGUAGCUGUAACGAUCCAUUCCUGCAGCUCUUCGGGGUCCCAGUACUUCCGCAUCAUUGAAGACCUGAUUACUUUGCUCGGUUACAUGCAGACCAGCAAGAUGCGCCGAACACAGGAGAUGGCAGUUGCUUUGCAGUUUCGUGUCCUUCAGUCAGCUAUUGAGUUCAUAAAGACGACAGCCAAUCAGGCACCUCAAAAGCUGAGCAGCUCCCACAAUGCGCCGAGCUCUCCGCAUCACACCAUUUAUCAGAAACGAAAGAGCAUUGCAGGCCGACGACGCUUCUCACUAGCCCAGACAGACUCUUUGCUGAUGCGGAUGCGCUCCGUAGCCAGUGACGAGCUCAACCAGAUGAUGCAGAGGAGGAUGAGCCAGGAGAAUCCGAUUCGUGCUAGUGAGACGGAGUUUGUGCAGCGGCUGCAGAGGCUGGUUGUCCUUGCUGUCAACAGACUCAUUUAUCAUGAUGUCAGUCAGGAUUUGUUUGACCUGCUGAACAUUCCAGACUCCCCAGACCAACAGCCCUUCACACCAGACCUGGGAGACCAUUCCCAUGAAGAGGGCAGCUCUUCAUCUACCCCACACUCACCUACUCCGUUCACACUGCCACCUGCAAGCAAAAAGAGUUUGCAGAAAGACAUUCUCAAACUCAUGAUGGAUGGGAUCAAAAUCAGCCUGGGCAGUACUGGUCGAGGAGGAGCUCCACAUCAGCAAUGGCGGAGGAUCCUAUGGUCGUGUCGGGACACCUUACGGGUUCAAAUAGGUCGCCUGUUGGUGCACACACUGAGUCCAGCUCGUCCCCUGUCCGACAGGAAGGAAGCAUUGGAAUUUGUUUUUGACCCAAGACAUUUGGACAUCCUAAAGGAAAGCCUAAGCCCUGGUCUAGAGCACGGACCCAAGUUGUCACUGUACCUUUAUGAAAUAAUGCAUGACCACAAGGACAGCCUCACUAAAGAUGAGCAGAAUUCUGUGGGCAUAUUCAUGACCUCGCUCAAGCUUUGUGGUCACCGCUGUAUCCCACCCAACACUCCACACAAGCAGGACCUCCUCAAGGCCAUUAAAGAGGAAAAAUUCAAGUACGAAGCAGAGGAGAAUACAAGCAAAGCAGCGUGGGAAAAGAAAAUGACCAAUACUCAAAAGAAUCUCAUCCAGAGGCUAGACGGAAAGUCUAAAGACAUCUCAAAGAUCGCGGCUGACAUCACGCAAAAUGUGUCUCUGCGACAAGGCAUGGAGAGAAAGAAAGUCAUCCAACACAUCAGAGGCCUCUACAAGACAGACCUGAGUGCCAGCCGGCACUGGCAGGAGCUUGUGCAGCAACUCACGCAUGACCGUGCGGUUUGGUAUGACCAGUCAUCCUACCCUACGUCCUGGCAGUUGGACCCAACUGAAGGGCCAAACCGUGAGCGGCGACGACUGCAAAGAUGCUACCUCACCAUCCCAAAUAAAUAUUUGCUCAAAGACAGACGUAAGCCUGAAGAUGCAGUGCAGCCACCGCUGUCAUUCCUCUUUGAGGAUAACACACACUCCUCUUUCUCCUCCACUGUGAAAGACAAAGCCACGAGCGAAGCCAUCAGGUUUACCAGGCGCUGCAUGAGUGUGGCCCCCUCGAGAGAGACAGCAGGGGAGCUGCUUCUCGGGAAGUCUGGAAUGUACUUUGUCGAGGACAACGCUGCAGACGCUCACGACGGCCAGAGCCUUCACGGGGAGACAGAGGCGCCAUCUUUCUCUUGGACCUAUGAGGAGAUCAAAGAGGUGCACAAGCGAUGGUGGCAGCUGAGAGACAACGCUGUGGAGAUAUUCCUCACCAACGGUCGAACACUGCUCUUAGCUUUUGAUAACAACAAGUUUCGUGACGACGUGUAUCACAACAUCCUCACGUCUGAUUUGCCCAACCUGCUGGAGCACGGCAAUAUCACAGCACUCACGCAGCUGUGGGGCUCGGGGCAGAUCUCCAACUUCGAGUAUCUUACGCAUCUCAACAAGCACGCGGGCCGCUCUUUCAAUGACCUCAUGCAGUACCCGGUGUUCCCUUUUAUCCUGCGGGACUAUACCAGUGAGACGCUGGAUCUGCAGGACCCCAACAUCUACAGGAAUUUGAGCAAGCCAAUCGCCGUCCAGUCAAAGGAGAAAGAAGAUCGCUACGUGGACAAUUUCAGAUAUUUGGAAGAGGAGUACAGGAAAGGCAUUCGGGAGGAUGACCCCAUGCCUCCCGUUCAGCCUUACCACUACGGCUCUCACUAUUCCAACAGCGGCACCGUUCUGCACUUCAUGGUCCGAAUGCCGCCUUUUACCAAGAUGUUUCUCGCCUACCAGGAUCAGAGCUUUGAUAUUCCAGACCGGACGUUUCACUCCAUGAACACCACGUGGCGUCUCUCGUCCUACGAGUCCAUGACUGAUGUGAAGGAGCUUAUCCCGGAAUUCUUCUAUCUCCCAGAAUUUCUGGUCAACAGAGAGGGUUUUGACUUUGGGGUUCGUCAAAACAGCGAGCGGGUAAACCAUGUGAAUUUGCCUCCCUGGGCCCGGAACGACCCGCGUCUCUUCAUCCUGAUUCACCGUCAGGCGCUGGAGUCGGAUCAGGUUUCCCAGACGCUUUGUCAGUGGAUUGAUCUGGUGUUUGGACUCAAGCAGAAAGGAAAAGCUGCAGUCCAAGCUAUCAACGUCUUCCACCCAGCUACCUACUUUGGAAUGGAUGUUUCAGCGGUAGAAGACCCAGUUCAGAGAAGAGCGUUAGAAACCAUGAUCAAGACGUACGGACAGACUCCCAGGCAGCUUUUCAACGCCUCCCACAUCAGUAGGGCCGGCCCCAAACUCAUGAUGGAGGGUGAGCUCCCGGCCGCCAUGGGACUCCUGGUUCAGCUGGCCUUUAGAGAAACCAGAGAGCAAGCCAAGGAGAUCACCUGUCCGAGCCCACUGCCAUGGAUCAAAGGUCUGAAGUGGGGUGAAUAUGUGGGGUCUCCCAGUGCUCCUGAUCCGGUAGUAUGCUUUAGCCAGCCUCAUGGUGAGAGGUUUGGAUCGCUGCUGGCUCUGCCUACGCGCGCUAUCUGCGGCUUGUCGCGCAAAUUCUGCCUCCUGAUGAUUUACAGCAAGGAGCAGGGAGUUCGCAGCAUGCACAGCACAGACAUCCAGUGGUCGGCCAUUUUGAGUUGGGGCUAUGCCGAUAACAUACUGCGGCUGAAGAGCAAACAGAGUGAACCACCCAUCAACUUCAUUCAGUGCUCCCCGCUGCAUCAGGUGACCAGCUGCGCUUGGGUGCCCGAUGGCUGCCAGCUAUUUACGGGAAGCAAGUGUGGAGUCAUCACCGCCUACAGCAACCGCUUCACAAGCGCCACGUCGGAGAUGGAGGUGGAGUCUCAGGUUCACCUGUAUGGACACACGGGGGAAGUCACCAGCCUUUUUGUUUGUAAACCUUACAGCAUCCUCAUCAGCGUCAGUACAGACGGUACCUGCAUCCUCUGGGAUCUCAACAGGCUCUGUUACGUGCAAAGCCUCACUGGCCAUAAAAGCCCAGUGACGGCUGUUUCUGCCAGUGAGACCACAGGUGACAUUGCUACAGUUUGUGACUCCGUGGGCGGAGGGAGUGACCUUCGCCUGUGGACCGUUAACGGAGACCUUGUCGGUCACGUGCACUGCAGAGAGAUCAUUUGCUCCGUAGCGUUCUCCAAUCAGCCGGAGGGUGUAUCGGUCAACGUCAUUGCUGGCGGGCUAGAAAAUGGCGUUGUCAGACUUUGGAGCACGUGGGACUUGAAACCAGUGAGAGAGAUCACCUUUCCCAAGUCCUGCAAGCCCAUCAUCAGCCUAACAUAUUCUUGUGACGGCCACCACCUGUACACAGCCAAUAGCGAGGGCACUGUCAUGGCCUGGUGUCGGCGGGACCAGCAGCGCAUGAAGCUGCCCAUGUUCUACUCCUUCUUAAGCAGCUACGCCGCAGGCUGAGUCUGCGUGUGCACCCGCGCGCAGUUGAGAGAUGGUUACUGCCUUGCAGGUGUAUCCUCACUUCCACCUCAGCAAGAGAAGCUGCUUCUCACUCCUCCUCCCCCCAUGGAGAGAAACAAAUGACAGCCGCCACACCCUGCUGGACUUUUCAGUUGAGCGCCCCCCCCCACCCCCCCCCCCCCCCACACACACAUACACAUUUCCAAGGAGGGGGGGGUCGUCUUGGCUGCAAUAGACACUUUAUUUUUCGCAUCAUCCGUUAUUUUCCUUGUCUGCUGUUCAUUUUUCCCUGUUAAAGCUGCUAGCAUGGCUAAAAAGCCAAUUAUUGUCUCCAGGCUUGCGACUUGUCUCAAUGAACAAGAAAGGACGGGCCACCGUGUUACUACUGCAUGCCACAAUGACGCUUGACUGUGCAGAGGUGACACGCUCCUUGAAAUUGACCUUUUUAUUUGUUGUGGAAUGUUGAUAUCGCUUUUAUUUAUUGGAAAUUGUCUGCAGGCCAGCGUACUACAUGCAACCUCUAACGACGCCUUUAACAUCUUUCCCUCCCGAAUCUGAGCCUUUUUUUUUUUAAACCUUCACAUAGGAGUGAAUUGUCAUCUCCAUCCCGAUCCUCCUACCUGCUCUCGAACAGGUGACCAAAUGUCUCCCUCCUUUCAUGCAGCUAUAUUAUUUGACAUUCCCUCACUACUUUGCUGCACUUUUACUUUGUCCAUCAUUGUGGUCGAAAUAGCAGUCACGGCACUUUCUGCUUGCCCAACCAUUGUUUGACUUCAUGUCAAGCCAAUCAUCUGUUUCAUCUGCAGAGAGCAAUAUCAAAUUACAUGCAAUAGGUCCUCAUUUUUAUUAUUGUAACUUUUGACUUUCGAGCCUGCUGCGACGAUGUCUUGCUUUUCACUCUUCUAUACAUGAAAGGGAAUAUUUGUUGAUGAAGUCUUUUCUCCUUGUAAUGUUACUCUGAAUGUGUUUCCUCCUUAUUUGUGCCACCACUGCAUUGGACCACCCUUUGUUUACUUUCUCCUUGAAUGUACAUUUAUUUCCAUGAUGAAAAGUUUUACGAGAAUGUGUGACAGGAAAGCUGGAUGGAUGAUCUAAUAGAACUUUUUUUUUGUGUGCGCUGAGACAGACAAAGUAUUUUUCUCUCGAUAAACUUGAGCUAUGCAUAAAUGAA